AUGCAGCUCACCUUCGAUGGUGUAGCUUGUGUUGGGGUAAUAUUAAGUGCGAUUGUUUGGGCUUACCUUCGUAAAUCAGAUAAUCGCCUUCCUCUCCCACCUUCUCCUCCCACAUGGAGACUUCGGGGACACCUCCUGCCCCCUCGCCUCCCAUGCCUUACUGUAGCGCGGUGGAUCGACGAGUAUGGCCCUCUGAUCACUAUUCGCUCAGGAAUGCAGAACAUCGUGAUUAUCGGCCGCCACAAAGCUGCAGUGGACAUAAUGGAGAAGCAGGGCAGAGUACUAGCUGAUCGACCUCGCCUCGUUUCUGCUGGAGAAAUUCUUACACGCGGAUUAACCAUCGGUUUCUCACACGUUGGAGACAGGCUUCGUCGUAUGCGUAGAGCACUUCAUACGCAUCUCCAGCCCAAAUCAGCCGAAACAUAUCAGCCCCUGCAAAUGUCACAAGCGAAAAACAUGAUCCUCAACAUUCUUGACGAUCCACACAACUUUCAGAGCCAUGCAAUAACUUAUGCUGCAGCGACAACCUUGAAAAUUGCAUAUGGGAAGACCACACCGACGUCGGCAACUGAUCCCGAAGUCAGAGAGGUUCGUCAUCUCAUCUCGCGCUUUCGUACACUCCUGCGCCCCGGUGCCUACUGGGUGGACACGAUACCGUGGCUCAAAUACCUUCCUUGGUAUGCACCAGAACUAAGAGACGAUUAUAAGAGGGCCACGAGACUCUAUACAGACCAGCUGAAUCGUGUGAAACUGCAUAUGCAAAUCAAUGAGGAUAGCGGCCCUUCGUUUUCAAAACACGUUCUAGAAAAUGCACAACUCUAUGGUUUGACAGAGAUAGAGAUGGCUUAUCUUGCUGGCGGCUUCUUUGGAGCAGGGACCGAAACAACCGCUACGACGAUAUGCAUGGUGCUAAUGGCGGCUGCACGCUUCCCUGAAGAGCAAGCUAAAGUACAGGCCGAGCUUGAUGCAGUCAUCGGAAGGGAGCGAGCACCGACCUUCGCCGAUAGACUAUCCCUUCCUCGUCUGGAAGCCUUCAUCUCUGAGGCUCUGAGAUGGAGACCUGUGGGUCCUAAUGGUGGGUCUCUGAAUAGAUUUCCUCACCGAACUACUGAAGAUGUAAUUUGGGAAAACUAUUGCAUUCCCGCUGGAACCACAGUAACCAGCAACCUCUGGGCCAUCUCUCGAGAUCCAGAAGUUUAUCCCGAGCCUGAUGCGUUCAAGCCCCAGCGCUGGAUUGAUGACCAAGGUCAUUUGAGAGACGAUCUCACAUUCUUUACAUUUGGGUUUGGUCGGCGUGUAUGCCCAGGUCAACACGUUGCGAGCAGAUCGGUGUUCAUAAAUUCGCUUCUUAUUCUUUGGGCUUUCCAGCUCAAUCUGGAUCCUACGAAGCCGCAGGAUGAUAUGGCGUUCAGUGAAACCUUUAUGCCAAAUGUUCCAUGCGCUAUUGAAUUCCAAACGAGGGUACCAGAAGUUGAGCUUAGGCGUAUGAUGCAGGAUUAUCCCAAGGCUGAGUGA